AUGCGGCCAAGAACCAGCCGACCAGAUAGACCGAUCGAAGUGCCUAAGUCACAAAACCAUCGCCGCCCGAGAAACCAGCGACGGUCGGUUGGUGCACCAGCUCGAGCCCAAGAAGCAGAACCUGGUCGCUCAGCAGAUGAAGUCUUAGGACAUCACAAGAUGGUGCACAGCAAAAAGACACAGCUGGAGCUCCACGUGGUGCUCCAGAUAAAGGAAUUGGACCAGAGCAACAUAGAACACAAGAAAAAAAGCAGCUGGAGUUCCACGAGUUAG